AUGCUAAGUAAUUCGCUAGUGAUUGCCUGUUUAUUGGUGAUAAUAACUACCAUAGCAUUUAUCACAGUGCAAAAGACAUCAUCAUCAAAGACUGGGAUUAAACAAAAGAGUUAUCAGCCAUCUAUUGUUAUUGCAGGUCCUCAAAAUACAGGCAAGACUAGCUUUCUUACGCUACUAACCACAGAUUCCGUGAGACCAACCGUCGUGUCCCAGGAACCGUUAUUAGCGGCGAAUUACAAUAAUUCUAGAACUAGUUUGGUGGAUUUCCCAGGCCAUGUAAAAUUACGCUAUAAGCUCUCUGAAUACUUGAAAACAAGAGCUGCAUCUAUCAAGGGGCUUAUAUUCAUGGUGGAUUCCACAAUCGAUCCUAAGAAAUUAACUACAACCGCUGAGUUCUUGGUAGACAUAUUAUUGAUCACUGAAUCUAGCUGUGAGAAUGGUGUGGAUAUUUUGAUCGCAUGCAACAAAAGCGAAUCAUUUACUGCAAGACCAUCAUCAAAGAUUAACGAUGCUUUAGAAAACGAAAUUCAAAAGAUCAUUGAAAGGAGAAAAAAAUCGUUAAACGAAGUCAAAAGAAAGGUCAACGAAGACGAGGAUACCGAGAAUUCAUUAGAUGCUUUACAAUCUGCUAAUGGGUUUAAAUUUGCAAAUAUGGAAGGGUCUGUCGUUACCAUCGAGGGUAGUGUCAGUAAGAAUAAUAUUUCCAAAUGGCAAAAAUGGAUAGACGAAAAACUUUAG